AACAUUCAUCUUAUUUGGAAUGCGGGGUUUGAGUUUGUUCGAUUCGCUUGAUGUCCACCAGCAAAUGCAGUUUAAUCUCAUCCCAAACAUGCGUGUCAUCGUUGUGGUGCUGUAGGAGGGGCUUUGCCAGAUAAGGAUGGCAUUAGGUUGGGUUGCCCGUGUCCUGUGGAUUAUUGUAAUCCAGAUUUUGUAUGGGUGCUGGUUUGCUUGCUCCUUUCACGCUCAGUGCUGUCCUGUGUGAAGGCUGCUGCAAGAUGGCUCACAACGUGCGUACUUUCCCGCCUGCCCUGCUUUUUAUGGCCGCUAACGUGAUCCUCGGCAGCCACGCUCAAGAGGCGGGUGUGUCUGAGGCGUGGACCAGCAGUUCGUGCAAAUGCGACUGUGAUGAAGGCGUGUCGCCAACUCAGAUCUCCUCCAUCGGUUCCUCUGCAGUCAGAGGAGUGGACUGCAUGCCAGAGUGUCCGUACCAUAAGCCUCUGGGCUUCGAGGCUGGAUCGGUGAGUCCAGACCAGAUUACCUGCUCCAAUGAGGACCAGUAUAGCGGAUGGUUCUCCUCUUGGCUCCCAAACAAGGCUCGGCUCAACAGUCAAGGUUUUGGGUGUGCGUGGCUCUCCAAGUUCCAAGACAACAGCCAGUGGCUGCAGAUUGACCUGAGAGAGGUCAUGGUGGUCUCUGGGAUCCUGACUCAGGGCCGCUGUGACACAGACGAGUGGGUGACCAAGUACAGCGUGCAGUACCGCACUGACGAAAAACUCAACUGGAUCUUUUACAAGGACCAGACUGGGAAUAACAGGGUGUUUUACGGGAACUCGGACCGUUCGUCGUCCGUGCAGAACCUCCUGCGGCCGCCCAUCGUGGCGCGCUACAUUCGCAUCCUGCCCCUGGGGUGGCACACGCGCAUCGCUCUGCGUCUGGAGCUGCUGCUCUGCAUGAACAAAUGUGCCUGAGCCUCGACCCCUGCUCUCCUCGAGGCCUUCCCCUGUAACCUCCUCCGUCCAAGCGCUCUCAGUGUGUGUGAGUGUAUGUUUGUGAGCUGUGAUUAUUUGAACCCUUCCAUUUUUGUGGUAUGCGGGUCAUUCCAGAAUUGGAGGACAAUUAAGCCACCAACAUUUUGGAAAAGGGACCAUUUCUUUAAAAAAAAAAAAAUAUAUAUAUAUAUCCAUCCAUCAAUUAUCUGAGCUGCUUAGUCUCACAAGGGUCGCGGGCGUGCUCCGGGCAGGAGGCGGGGUACACCCUGGACUGGUCGCCAGCCAAUCGCAGGGCACACAUAAACAAACAACCAUUCGCGAGCACAUUCACACCUACGGGCAAUUUAGAGUCCUCGAUUAACCUAGCAUGCAUGUUUUUGGGAUGUGGGAGGAAACCGGAAUGCAAACUCCACACAGGCGGUGCCGGAUUUGAACCCGGGUCCUCAGAACUGUGAGGCAGAUGCUCUAACCAGUCGUCCACCGCGCCACCAUAUAUAUAUA